UUCCCGUCGCUUCUUCCAGCCGUCCUCCUCAUCACUCCUCACCCAGCAGAAAGAGCCUCGCGGUCCGGCGAUGUUUUAGUGGCUCCGCCGGAUUUGACUUCUGCAGCGACACUGAAGCGAUUGUAUCUGGCGGACACCGCUGCCUCUUCGGCCGCUUUGCCAAACAGACUUUUGUGCUUCGAGCGCCGGCAAAAAGUGCCUGCUGGGCUUCAGUGCGGAAAAAAGAGUGGUGGACCGAGCUAAGUCGGGCGUGGUAACAGGAAAAAAAACUCUCAUUGUUGUUUUUUUUUGUAAAACUUCAAAUAGUAGCACCCAUAAUGUCGCUGUCGGUACCGCAGAACGGAGUAAAGGCGGAGAACGAUCCCGUUAUCGAGCUGUUCGUGAAGGCGGGAAGUGAUGGAGAAAGCAUUGGGAACUGUCCCUUCUCCCAGAGGCUCUUCAUGAUUCUGUGGCUCAAAGGAGUCGUCUUUAACGUCACCACGGUGGACCUCAAGAGGAAGCCUGCAGACCUCCAGAACCUGGCCCCGGGAACACACCCGCCCUUCAUCACCUUCAACGGUGAGGUCAAGACUGACGUCAACAAGAUCGAGGAGUUCCUUGAGGAUGUCCUUUGCCCACCCAAGUACAUCAAGCUUGGUGCAAGACACCCAGAGUCAAACACAGCUGGUAUGGACAUCUUCGCCAAAUUUUCAGCAUACAUUAAGAACUCAAAACCAGAUGCAAAUGAGGCUCUGGAGCGCGGGCUUCUGAAGACCCUGCAGAAGCUGGAUGAGUAUCUCCGCUCGCCACUGCCCGAUGAGAUCGACCACAACAGCAUCGAGGACAUCAAGGUCUCCAACCGCAACUUCUUGGAUGGUGACGAAAUGACCUUGGCUGACUGUAACCUGCUGCCCAAGCUGCAUAUAGUCAAAGUGGUGGCCAAGAAGUACAGAGGCUUUGACAUCCCCAAAGAGAUGACCGCCAUCUGGAAGUACCUGAACAACGCCUACAUGCGUGAAGAGUUCACCAACACCUGCCCCAGCGACAAGGAGAUCGAGAUAGCCUACGGAGACGUAGCCAAGAGGCUGGUCAAAUAAGCUCCUCUGUCCUGACCUCCUCCCUCCAAACCUCCUCCUCCACACACCCCUUACACCUCCCCCUCCCCAGCACCGGGACUGAUGUGCUCAUUCACGAGAAAGAAAAAACUCUGGACUUCGUUUCCUUCUCUCCUCAUCUAGAGCAAACGCCAAUGCAUGAACCCCUCUCGAUCAUUUUCUCCCCUCAGUUUUUUUAUGAAGACCUCUUUAGUUGCUUCAGCAAAGGUCACCAUUGUUCCACUUUUCAUCUUGAAUUGCUUUUUGAUUUGCAUUUGCUGAUGAAUGUUGUGAGAUGGCGAGGCGUCGGAGAAGCAGCCAGACACGUGUAUCAGUGCUUAUCAAUGUCGGGAGCCUCGUCAGACACACUCCCUGAUAAGUGACCUUCAAGCUGACCUUCUCUCUGCGUGCAGGAGAGAGGUCGGAAGCUUAUGUCAAUUUUCUGUUGUCUGUUUAAUAUUGAGAUAGCUCUUUCUCGGAUUGCUAUAAAAUGAACACUGAGAAGCAUUUUUUCCCCCUGUCUUUUGGCUUGUUAAGAGGCAUUGUAAACAGUGUUGAAGCUUCCGGCUCAAAUAUUUUACAGGUUUAAGUAGAAGCUGAGGCUAAUCCAAACCUGAGUGGUCAACACGUCAAGUGAGAGAUGCUUUAUUUUAAUGUUAAGCUGUUUAAAAUAAAUCAAAGCAAUUGUAACUGCAGGUAAAGCUACCUGGUAUCCAUGCUCUGAUUUCCUCAUUGCCUCAAAUAGGCAGAAGUCUUGUAGCUCAGCUCAGUAGAAUUGUAGGGAAUUUCCCGUACCAGCUGCAGAGGUAACAACUCAGGAAAAAUCCAACCUGAGGUCUAAGAAAUAGUCAACCAUAUGUAGCUUAUCGAUGCUCAAAGGACGUGUAGACUGGCCUUUUGUUAAUCACCACAUUGCCAUAUAAAGUGUUCACAGGCUCUUUCUUCUCUCAUGAAGCAUGAAGGAGAGUCUUCACUUUGGUUAUUCUGACUGUAGCGGUAGUAUUGAUUACAAGUGGUGGACCAAAAAGGGGCACAUUAUUCUGUUCUCACUGUGGAAGGGGUGACUCCGGCUAUGUAAACUAGUGAAGUCAAAAAAACCCCACACACUCUCACUGUUUCCUUCUUCAUAACUGAUGAUGGAAAGACGACACUAAAGAUAUUUAUGACAGAACCAUUGGAGGAGAGUCGCAGUGAAACAAAUACAUGGUCGGAUUUCACUUUCUCUUCAGUUUGUCGAUCGGUCUCUAAGGUAGUGAAUGUAUGUUUGAUACAGUAGCUCCAAAAGUGCUUUAGUUCGCAGACAGUAAAACCUGUUUGGGUUUUCUCCCGUUUGCCAUGUUUCUCAGACAUUUUGUUAUGAAACAAAUUUGAUAAAAAAAAAAAAGGAAUUGUAAAUAUUUGUUUUGAUC